UUGAAUGUUGGUCGUAAAGCAGAAUGCAGCCUCAGUUUUACGACUACGGCGUGUCGUCAUUGUCGUAACGUGAGAGAAUGUGUCGGUAAAUAAAGGCUUAGCUUUGACUGGUAAUUUCAGAAUGACUUUAAGAUGCUCUUCUCUUUCUUCAUGUGCAUUAUUGUUAUGUGUAUAAAUAUAAUUGAAUAAUAGAUAACAGUCUGGUGAACGAUUGUAGAAAAUAUGUGAAUUGACUGACACAUAGCUAACGCUAACUAGCUAUGUGUUGCUAGCUGUAUUCUGUAUUGCAGAGAACAAAUCUCUUUAGCUUGACGCUAACCUUGGUCACAGAUCGCACUUGAAAUUUAUCCACCGAGACUUGUAAGAGAACCGUAUGUGUUGAGUUGCAGCCUGAACUGCGUGUGGGGUCAGUUUUGUCACCUUCAGCACUUGAAGCUCGGUUCAUGUAAAAUGUCAGCGCAAAAAGACUGUGAGUUUUUGGUGAAAAGAGCCCGGGAGCUGGUCUCUGAUGAUCCCUGUGCGGCCAAAGCCUGGCUCAUAACUGCCAGGACCCUUUACCCUGCAGAUUUCAAUAUCCAGUAUGAAAUGUACAUCAUUGAACGCAACGCAGAGAGGACCGCUUCAGCAGGGAGACUGCUGUAUGACAUGUUUAUAAACUUUCCAGAUCAGCCCAUUGUUUGGCGGGAGAUCAGUGUCAUCACAGCCGCCCUGCGCAGUGACUCACAGGACAAACAUGCACAGUUUCUACGAGGCCUUUUUGAGACACUGCCUGGCCGUGUGCAGUGUGAGAUGCUACUGAAAGCCACAGAGCAGUGUUUCAACACUUUAGAGAAGGCGGAGAUGCUGCUCCUCCUUCUUAAGCGCUUUCCAGAGUCUGUGGUUCAACACGGGGUCAAUCUAGGAGAAACAUUGCUAGAGGCAGAGGCAUCAGAGAAUGUGGAGACUCCUGUCAACUGCUUCAGAAAACUUUUUGUGUGUGAUGUCCUUCCUUUGGUCAUAAACAACAUGGACAUGCGCUUGCCGGCCAGCCUCAUGCAGAAGUACAUGCUGAAAGCAGCUGAAUUCUACAUCGGCUAUGUGACCCGUGGACCCUCACCUGAUGUACAGAUACAGGGCUCUCAAGAAGGUGGGUCUCUGAAGUCCCCCAGCAUUUCCCGUGGCUCUCAGCGAUACGUGAUUGACGGCCUGUCGGAAAAGUCGUCAGUGGUAGCCGAACCUUGGGAGAGGCUGUUAGAUAUCCUUGCUGUGGUCGGGGCACGCUGCGAGUGGCAGGGAGACAAGGGACAGAGGAGUUAUGUGGACAUGCUGCAAAGAGUGAAGGAGCUGUGUCGCUACCUGCCUGGUCUUGAAGGAGACACAAGGUCCCGCUGCUGCAGUCAAGUGGUCAUCUGUGCUGCGCUCGUCCUCUUCCGCAGCGCCUUCCUUUACGUCUCAGCUGUACAGCCGGCUCUGUUCCAGGGUGUGAAUGCGUUGAGUUCGGGGCCGUGGAUCCUGGUAGAGGAUUUGAGCUCGGUGUAUAAUGAUGUGGAGGUGGAAAGAGGAGCAUUGAAACAUGCACAUAAAAAACGCAAACUGGCAGACGGUAGAGAGAAGACGAUGAGCUCAGAUGAUGAGGAGGGGUUGGGAAAAGGUCGCGGUCGGCACAUUUUAGUGAACAAGACUGAGAUGCUCGGCUGGUCUGAGACUCUGGAGAGCUUCCGCACAGCGAGGGAAAGCUGGGAUCUUCUUCACUCACAUGAUGGCCUGGAAACUGAGUUCAAGAAGAUCUGUGCCUCUUGGAAGACGGACAGCUGGCUGUGGUUCAGAAUAUUCCUGUCCGACAUGAUCAUAUACCAGGGACAGUACCGUAAGGCCCUCUCCAGCCUGCACCAGAUGGCUGUAGUACAGCAGCCUCAGCCUGAACAGCAGAGCCCCUCAGGUCAGGCCAGUCUGGAGCACCACAGGGCCCUCAUACAGCAGGCCUCCUGCCACUAUGCGCUGGGAGAGUACAGGAUGGCCUGUGAGAAGCUGCUUGACGUUGUCAGCGGGCUGGUGCCCCCGAACCAAGAACCAACAAAAAACCCAGAGGAUCAGGGUAGAGUCAAGACAAAAACGAGGAAAGGUAAUGACCUGAGGUUGCUUCCCUGCACCAGCAAAGCUGUGUUACCUUUCUGUCUCCAGCUGAUGCUGGCCUGCUUUAAGCUCCGUGCCUUCACAGACAGUCGUGACGACCUGUCCCUCGGUCAUGUGGUGGUGCUCCUGCAGCAUGACUGGCCACAGGGCGAAAUGCUGUUUUUAAAGGCAGUGGAGAAGAUCUGCCAGCAAGGCAGUUUUCAGUAUGAGAAUUUCUUCAACUAUGUCACCAAUAUUGACAUGCUGGAGGAGUUUGCAUACCUGCGCACUCCUGAGGGAGGGAGGAUUCAACUGGAGCUGCUGCCCAAUCAGGGCAUGUUGAUCAAGAACCCUAGUCCCGCCCUGGGGGUGGAGUUAAAUACCCUCCUGCUACAAGGGGUGCAGACGAUGGACAGACACCACACAGUGACUCGUGGGAUCACCAAAGGAGUGAAGGAAGAUUUCCGUCUGGCCAUGGAGAGGCAGGUGUCGCGCUGUGGAGAGAACUUGUUCACUGUGCUUCACCGCUUCUGCAUCAACGAGAAAAUCAUCAUCAUCCAGUCCCUUCCUUGACACCUGGCCUAUGACUUUUAAACCUUUUCAUAGUUGAUAUCCUGUUCACAGUUUUAGUGCAGCUGGACUGACUUUAUGACCCCAGCACUGGACUCAUUUCUCACGCUCCUGUCUUUUGUCAUCCCACACUGAACUCUUAAGAAAAGAGCAAGUCUCCUUCCUUUAAAAGUGGAUCUCUCUUCUCAGUGAGUUGGAGAGAAUACCAUGUUUCUGAAUCUACUGUGCUCAUGCAGUUUUCCUUGUAUGUGUGUAGUCUUUUUUUUCUUGGUUUUUAACCACAACAUGUGCUUAACCACAUUUAAAGUGCUUUAAUCGUGUUGUGACAUUUUGUGGGAGUCAGCGUUGACAAAAGAAUUAAGAGCAUUUUUGAUAUUCUUGUGCAAGAUUUAUUGUUUUUGUUACAAAUACAACAAUGGCAGACAUGUUUCUAUUAAAUGUCAUCUAAAUGA